CGCGAUAGUAAUGGAUUCCAGGUACGUGCGAAUCGACGCGUUAUUUCGACAUAUACGCGUUUCUCCCUGAUCCACUACUCUUACACCACAAUAUCCUGUUGGAAUCGCUUGUUUCUGGACGUAGCCGAGCUUUGGCACCUUCCCUAGGUGUAUGGUCGAGCCUUGGCUGCAGCGCACUGCGACGAUGAGCUCUACCAUCACCACAGCCACUCUUUCUGCCCCUCCCCUCCUAAUCCAGGAUGUUGCCGCAGUACUAUCACCUAGCGAACGAGCUUUAUUGAUCAAUUCGAUUAGUCAAGGAUCCAGGCCUCCGACGAGACCUUUGGCUUCGGUUUCGUCCGAGCCGCCAGCGAAGCGGAUUCGGCGCGACGAGAAUCCAAGGCCGACCGACCCUCUACUCGACCACUGCCUGCGAACCCAAGUGUUCCCACACAUUGACCGGCAACUCGCCAUCUUGUCCCCCGAUCGGUCGAACACGCUGGGCAUCGGCAGGUCGUCGCGCUUCUUGUCGGAUCUGAAUUUGCCCGCGAGUACAACAGCCGCGGGGACGGAACCAUCAGCCGCGAGUUUGAGGUCAAGUUGGCAUAUCAGGCUGCCCGAUAUGUGCAUUCUCUUGCCCGUGGCCUUAAUCCUCAGCUAGUUCCUAACACAACCUCCGAGCCGCUUCCAGCGCCGCGCCCCUUCCUCCAGCCACCUGUUCCCUUGCCGCAUUCUGCCCACCGACUCGUGCCAACGCGUGUCGCUUCGACCCCUUCUACCGGGCCUCGGUACUCGACCUCGCCGAUUCCCGUGCCGGUCAUCCCUGGUCGUCCAACGGCAAC